AUGGCAACCUCCCGCGCCUGGACUUUCACAGCCCGCGGCGCCCCCCGCUCCGUCCUCUCCCUCACACCGCGCCCGGUUCCCACGCUCCCGCCCGCAGCCGCCGUCGUCUCAAAGUCCAAAGACAGCAGCGAGUGGCUCCUGAUCAAGGUAGCCUACGCGGCUCUCAACCCAGGCGGGCACUUUUUUAUGAGCAUGAUCCCCGCGGCCGCGAGGACGAAGACGGCCGUGCCGGAGAUGGACCUGAGCGGCGUCGUGGCCGAUGUCUGGACCCCUUCUGCUUCUUCAUCUGCGGCGAAAGCGAGAUUUCGUAAGGGAGACCGCGUCGCUGCGUUCAUCCCCGUCUCUACGCCGUCGCGGUGCCGCGGGGCGUGGGGCUGA